AUGCGUGCCUCUGCCUUGUUGCUAGCCGCAUUGGCGACGGUCAGUGCAGCUUCUAACACCAAUGUUACUGUCUACCGGAACGAAAGCUUUCUUCCUGGUAACAUUCUGCCGCCGCCGCAUGCCGUUACUGAUGGCGGCGCCAUCGUGGAUCUUUUCCUGUCGUUGAGUAGUUCGACAAAAUGGAAACUGGUCUCCAAAACCAAGAUGCAAGGCAACACUGGAGAACCCGAGGGAAUGGCGCGCGUAGGCGACGAGCGUCUUUUCGUCACAUCCAACCAGUACACUGAAUCGACGGUCAAAUACAACGCAACCAUCAAUGGCACUGACCGAACUGACGGUGCUGGAUAUUGCCAUAUGCUCAUUUACAAUCUCCAAGGCCAGGUCAUCGCCAAUGCGUCACUCACUCCUCCGGGAGACAUGGAAUACCAUGGCGGUGGCAUCGACUAUGAUGGCCGCUACGUUUGGAUCACCCUCGCUCAAUACCGACCCAACAGCACGGCCACAAUUGCUCGAAUCGACCCAUUAAACCUGAACACAACGCGUCUCUUCCGUGUGGGCGAUCACAACGGCGGCAUUGUCCACGACAUCUUCACCAACGAGCUAGUAACACUAAACUGGAACGGCGCCAACGCAACGACGUUCUCAUUGAACGAAUACCCCAUGGGCUUUACACCCAUGCCCGGCUUCACCCACCCAAUGAGAGACGUACCCAACCCCAGUUUCUACGUUGGCUACCAGGACUGCAAAUUCCUGGGUCAUCAUGCUUUGCCCAACCUCCUUCUUGCUCAGAGGGGCUACAAUUACCAGAUCAACUUCAACCCCGUCCGCCCCGUGAUGCUGUGCGGUGGCGUCGCUACGCUCGAUGGCUUCAGCCUUGGCGGAAUAGCGCUCGUUGAUAUGCUGACCAUGCUACCGCUAUGGGAAGUCCCCAUCACUCUGACCAGUGAUCUGGGCGUCACCUUGACCGAGAACCCAAUUGAUGCGCAGGUUGUGGAUGGAAAGUUGAGGAUGUGGUUCAUGCCUGAUCAGCAUAAUAGCACUCUGUAUAUUUACGAGGCGCAAUAG